AUGGGGAAGGGAAUAGGAAGUCAGAAUCUCGGAGCGGAUGUGAUGCAGCUGUUGGAUCAGUUGGAGCGGCACUGCUUGGCUCCGGACGGAUCUCUCAUCUCCAAAUCCACUUAUUACGAUCUCCAACUCGCGAGGGAGGAAAUGUGCAAAGAGAGACAGCGUUAUUUGGAAUCCUUGGCUAUCUACAUCGAGGCCAUUGCAAUGGUGGAAGAGUACCAGCAGGCUGUUUCCGUAGCUAAUUUUGGUGGUAUUCGUGACAUUCAGUCUCUAUAUCCUCAACUUGGCUUGAAGAAUCCUCCCCAGGUUUAUGAAGCUCUUGAGCACCGGAUGGUUGUUGCUGAAGCUGCUCAAAAGUUGAGGCUUCCUCUAAUAUCUGAACAUGGUGAAGUACACGAGGAAGAAAUAGAGAAAUGGAGUGUAAUGUCAAGAAGCUCUCUUGAUGGUACCUGUACUAGUGUUACAACAAGCUCAAGCACAAACUCAACUAACUACACCAACGCAUCGGUGAUUAGCACUGGUGCUGCUGCUACUGCUACUAGCAUUGCCAAUGUUUCUGAUGCUUCAGAAGCUGAAGUUGGUGGUGUUCCUAAUCGAUAUCUUGGAAUUACUCCAGCUUAUUUAUGGCAAACUCAACUACAACAAAUUCCGUUGUCCAUGGACAUGGCAGAAUACCAAAUCUCAGUGGCCCGUGAAAUUGGAAAUCGACUAGACAGUAAAUCCGAGAAGCUAACAGAGGUGGUGGCUAUAGGUGACAUAGAUUCACCAUCUAGUGGUCCAAUUUCAAAUGCUAGACUCCCAGAAAGGGUGAAGUUGAUAAUUGAGGAAAUCGAGAGAGAGGAAACAGCAUGGCGGGAGGAUCUAUAUUCGUCCGACAGAAAAUUUGGAGAAUACUACAAUGUUUUGGAGCAAAUACUUGGUGUACUGAUUAAGCUUGUCAAAGAAAUUAAAUUACAGCAUCAGUAUAAAUAUGAUGAACUGCAUAAAACUUGGCUCUGCAAGAGGUGUGAGACCAUGAGUGCAAAAUUGAGAGUUCUUGAACAUGUUCUCUUGCUGGACACGUAUACUCCAGAAACAAUACCAGCCCUACAUAAGAUAAGGAAAUUUUUGGUUGAUUCGACGGAGGAAGCAUCAAUUGCAUAUAAUAAAGCGAUUACGCGCCUCCGAGAAUACCAAGGCGUUGAUCCGCACUUUGAUUCAAUUGCCAGACAGUAUCAUGAGAUUAAAUUGGAAAACAUGCGUUGGACCAUUCAUCAAGUCGAACUGGACCUGAAACGGCUACCUGAUCAUCGGAGCACCUGA